AUGGCGCAAGGCAUAGCGGCAUCUGCUAACGUGUUGCAGUCAUACUGCCUUGGAGUUCUCCUUCUGCUCACCAGUACUCUACACGCCCACUUAUGUAUUUCAGGAGACACUCUCUCUUUGGGCCGAUCCCUAACAGGAAGUCAGACUAUUACCUCUGAUAAUGGGGUCUUUGAAUUGGGUUAUUUCUAUCUUGGUAGUCCAAGCAGAUACUAUAUUGGUAUCUGGUAUAAGGAAGUACCAGAUGAGAUGAGAGGGUGGUAUGGGUGGCCAACGGAGACAGGCCUCUACAAGAUAGCACAGCAGAGUUCAAGAUCACAGAUGAUGGCAGAUAGUGGUAAUCUUGUUAUGAUCCAUGGGAAUUUUUAUGAGUCCAUCGUCUGGGACAGCUUUGGUCAACCUACCACCACUUUUUUGCCUGGUGGAAGGCUGGAAUUGAACAAAGCGACCAAGCAGAACAUGGUGCUCACAUCAUGGAAGAACAUGGAAGACUCCUCACUUGGGCCGUCCUCUUGA